UCACCAUUGUUUUCAAACUUUUAGUCGUACGUUGAAAAUGGAGAGUAUUUUAUUGUUUUGAACUUGUUGCUGAAAGUUGGGCUGAAUUCGGCAGUAUCGCUACAGCUGUGAAACUAACGUUACUGUUUUAUCCUAUAUGUAAUUGUCUCACUGAUUGUUAUCAUGAUAGGCUACUACUUGAGGACGAAACCUCGAUGUCAAUUCGCACUGGUGCAUGCGUUGUUGAUAAGGCUAUCGUCCUCUUCUUAUCCGAUUGAUCAUCAUGACAAUUAGGUAUGUCGUAACAUAAAUGAACUGCUCGCGUACAAAGUAUCAUCUCCCGCCAACAGUGGGCAUUGCGCCUAUCGAUAGUCGAAGGGAUUGUCAAAUCUCAGCUCUACAAGUUAAUGAUUUGCUCUUUACCUCGUACUUAGUACCUGAGCGUGGAGUUUGGAUUCUGCCCUCCACGCCGAUUAACAUAAUUUGAGUAGUUUCGGGUAGCUGAGCCUUUCUUUCUGGCCUGUGAGCGCCGAUCCAGUCAACGUUUACCUGCGGUCACCUUCUUGCUCCUAAUAGAUUGCAAAAUGUUAGCUCUCUUUGUGCUUUUGCUCUGCAUAACAUCUUCAUUUUCUGCUUCUACUAGAGGUGCUGGUGCUGCUGGACCCAGGCUGAACAAUGACCAGUUGUACAAAUUCAGCUACACCACCGAGGUGCUGGUGGACAGGGCCAAGGGGUCAAAGGAUGGCAGUGUCGGCUAUAGGAUCUCCAGUGACGUAAAUGUCAACUUAGUGUGGAGAGACCCCAGCAGCAAGGACGACCAGCUCAUACAACUGCUGAUCUCAAACGUGAAGAUAGAAAAUGUGGCCCAACGCUCAGCCAAGAAGAACAUAUUCCAGGGCGCCACAACGCAAAGCCUUCUCGGAGAGAAUAAGCUGGCAGCACUGGAAAGGCCGUUCAUGGUGCACCUGAAAAACGGAAAGGUGAGCAGCUUUUACUGCUAUAAGGCGGAGCCUGCUUCCAUUAAGAACUUGAAAAGGGGUGUGGCUAGCUUGCUACAGGUGCAAUCCAGAUCUGGGAAGGUCAUAGAGAAUGACGUGUCCGGGAGGUGUACGGUAGAGUACAAGGCUGCCCAAGGCCAGGUGACAAGGACCAAGGCUUUGGAGACCUGCAAGACCGCAGAGACCGGCUUCACCACCUACAUUCAGGUCCUGGGCGUGAGUGGGGAGUCCAGCUCUGUCACUGUUUUCACCCUGGAGGAUGGUUUCAUUAAGUCAGCCACAGCCAAGGAGACUCACAUCUUAGCAGUCAACGCACGCCGCACCACCGCAGCUAAAAUAGUGUCCAGGCAAAACUUGACGCUGGUAACAAUUGAGGCUGGGCCAUUUGAGGCUGCGGGGAAGAAUGUCGCCAGUGUUGUCAAAUCACUUGAUGAGAAAUUGUAUGCUGUUGGUGUGACAGCUGAGAAGGUCAAAUCCCAAUGCAAGGGCUGUCAAUCGCUGCUUGAGCACUGGCAAGAGGUCCAGAAGCAGUUUGAACCAGAUAGCUUGUCAAAGGCCAUCGCUCCCAGACGCUUCCUGGCUCUCAUCCAGAGCAUAAGGAAAGCCUCCAAGGACGAGAUCCUCCAAGUGCUGAAGAGCUCCACCAAGACUGCCCU